AUGAACCAAGAACGCUUUGAUUUUUCAUCAUCGUUUUCAAACGUCCAGCCGACAAGCAGUAUUUUUCAGCAGUUUAGUUCCGGAAGUUACAAUUUUAGUGCGAUAUCUCCGCUAUCGGAUUUCAAUAGGCCAUAUUCCCGCGGCGAAGAGGUUACGCUUUCCAAACAGUACGGGAUUUACCGAUCACCAAAGUGUCGCGGGAGGCCGAUCGCAAACAACGCAGCGCGGGAACGCUCCCGGGUGAAAACGCUGCGGACGGCGUUUCUGGAGCUCCAGAGAUCACUUCCGGCGGUCCCACCGGAUACGAAGCUGUCUAAGCUGGACAUCCUUGUGCUGGCGACCACGUACAUCGCCCACCUGAUGAGCGCUCUUCAAAACGACGGGGAUGUGUCGCACAUAUUUGCUGCUAACGGCUGUAUGCACCCGGUUAAGAAAUGGCCGAUGCGAACACGACUGUAUGCCGGGAUUCUCUCAAGCACUCUACCUCACGGCCCGGAUACAGACGACAAUUACCACUCACCGGAUAAGGCGUCAUACAACUGGUCACGUGACCCGUGUGCCUUCAAUUAAAACACAGCCACCAUAGAUGUGAAUAUAUAAUACUGAUGAAUGUUAACAUUUACUUCCAUAGGAAUAUGAAACCUGUUUAUGCAAA